CAAAGAGGAAGGCUUUGCAGGAAGAAACUACUAAGAACUUCUCAAUAGGUUACAUCAUGGCAAAGCAUAUUGACGUUGCUUUUGACGAUGAAGAGGAGAUCAAUGUUCUUCCCAUUGAGCAGCAACUCACAUUUUGGAGAAAUUCUGCUAAAUUUCUCAAGCGACUUCUUGAUGCUACAAAGCAGACCAAGAGCAAUUAUUGUAAAGAAUUCAUGAUUGAGAUCAACAGGCUUAACAGGAUAAUUGAAAAAUGUGGAAGACAUGAUGAGGUUAUAGACCCAGUGCUGCUUAAGUCAAAUAUCAAACAGAAAAUUGCAAAUGAAAUUAGGAAGAAGCGACAGGGAGCUCAAGAGGAACAGAAGUCCAAAACAAGCAGUGUAUAUAAGGAAGAGCCCACCAGUCAAGAACAUGUACAUAAGAUUGUUGAAGAGGAUGUAAAGCAUCUUGCUGACGAUGAGGCAAUAGAAGAGGAGCCAGUUACUUCUCCAGGGGAGGGGGUAUAUAGUAAGGUUGACCAGACUGUAGAUACUAAGGUUGAUGAUAGUGUAAAUAAGGAAGAGGAGCAUAUGCAACAUAUUGUAGAUAUGGAAGAGGAGCAUAUGGAACAUAUUGUAGAUAUGGAAGAGGAGCAUAUGGUAGAUAAGGAAGAGGAGCAUAUGGAAGAUAUUGUAGAUAAUGAAGAGGAGCGUAUGGUAGAUAAGGAAGAGGAGUAUAUGGUAGACAAGGAAGAGGAGCAUAUGGAAAAUGAAAAUUUUAUUGUAGAUAACAAAGGUUUUGAUGAGGAUACUGUUGAUGGUGUAGAUAAGGAGGAAGAUAUUGUAGAUAAAGGCAAGGAGAAUGUAGAUAAGUUGGAAGCACAGGAGGAAGAGGAUCUUGUGAAUAUUGAACAUAAUGUGGACAAACUUGUAGAUGUUCUAACGAGCAAUGUGAAAGCAAAGCGUAGACCAAAGGCAAAAAGGGUAAGCAGGAGAUCUAAAUGUUGA